AUGUUCAAGAAAGCCGUGAAGGAACACCCAGGAGGGACAUCUAAACCCCAGGCUUUGCAGUCCAAUCUCCUGCGCGCAAACUCGGCCAAUUCCUCCAAACUCCCGCCCACUCAGCCGACUGGUGUCAAGCGAAAAAUCGAGAUGACCAAUAGUGGGCAGUCUGCGCUGGGCUCCCUCCAUAGUGGGGUCUAUUUCGACGAGAAUGACUUCGACGAUGACCUCGAUUUUGAUGACUUUGAUGAACCAUUGCCUUUUGUCGCACCAACCACCACAAGCACGACCGUGAAGCCAGAGCCGGUCCCCUAUCCCAAAAUCAACGACCUGCCGACGAAACCCAGCGAGUCUGUUUCAGUGCAAGACAUGCCGCAGUCAGAUAUCAAAUACCCAGAAUUGCCUCCGAACUCCCAAGAAUAUGCAGCCCCGCCGAGCAGCAUCCCAUUACCAUGGUCAUCUUCGCCACCGUCCCACUUUCAACCCCCUUCUAAACCGCGCACGCUUCCCUGGCUCCAGGGAGUCAAGGAAGAGGAGACUGAGGAUAGAAAGAGCUUGGCCACUCCGAAGCGGUCAAAACCUGCCGACUUUUGGAACAAGAGUGCCAGCGCUAUUAAGGAAGAACAGAAAGAGCUGAGACGGGAAUCCAAGAAGAGUCAAAAGAGUGAUACAGCUUCGAAAUCUGGUUCCAUUCCUCCCAAAGUUCCUACUGUCUUCCUCAGCGAGGAACAGCGCGCUGUCCUGGACGCAGUUGUUGAUAAAGGGAAAAGCCUCUUUUUCACUGGCUCUGCAGGUACCGGAAAGUCUGUUCUGAUGAGAGAAAUCAUCAAAAGUUUACGGGUCAAAUACAGAAGAGAACCGGAUCGUGUUGCUGUGACCGCGUCCACUGGACUUGCGGCCUGUAAUAUUGAGGGAGUUACUCUUCACAGUUUUGCUGGAAUCGGACUGGGAAAAGAAGCCGUUCCGGAAUUGGUGAAGAAGAUCAAAAGGAACCAGAAAGCCAGAAACCGCUGGUUGCGAACAAAAGUCCUGGUGGUUGAUGAGGUGUCAAUGGUCGAUGGUGACCUAUUUGACAAACUUGAGGAGAUAGCUCGACGUAUCCGCAACAACGGGCGCCCGUUUGGAGGCAUCCAACUGGUCGUUACUGGCGACUUCUUCCAAUUGCCUCCAGUUCCGGAAGGCGCCAACCGCGAGACCAGGUUUGCGUUUUCUGCGGCUGCCUGGAACACCACAAUCCAACAUACCAUUCUUUUGACGCAUGUUUUCCGUCAGCGUGACCCCGAUUUCGCGGCAAUGUUGAAUGAGAUGAGGCUGGGCAAGAUUAGUCCACGGACAACUGAGGCCUUCCGAAAACUCUCUCGCAAAUUGGAAUUUCACGAUGAUCUCGAAGCAACAGAGCUGUUUCCUACACGCGCCGAGGUCGAAAAAUCUAAUUCUUUGCGCAUGGAGAGACUCUCGGGUGAACUGAUGCCAUUCAACGCAAUAGAUUCGGGAACUGUCACUGAUCCUCAAUUCCGGGAGAAGCUGCUGUCCAAUUGCAUGGCUCCGCCAUUGAUACACCUCAAGAAAGGAGCUCAAGUAAUGCUCAUCAAAAACAUGGAAGAUUCGCUCGUCAACGGGUCAAUCGGGCGAGUGGUGGCGUUCAUGGACGAGGGCACCUUCGAUUACUAUCGAGAGAACGAAGACGAAUUUGGCAGUGGUGCGGGCAAAAUUGACCCCGACGAUGAUGCGGCCAUGCGGGCCAAGAAAAAACUGAAACCCAUGGCCCACAACGAAGGAGGCAUUGCCAUUACACGGAAGUGGCCGCUUGUGAGAUUUGCACUGCCUGACGGCACAGAGAGACAUCUACUUUGCCAACCGGAGACCUGGAAAAUUGAGCUUCCCAAUGGUGAGGUUCAAGCCCAGCGCUCACAAGUGCCGCUGAUUCUUGCUUGGGCUCUGUCCAUCCACAAGGCUCAAGGCCAGACCCUGCAGCGAGUGAAAGUUGAUCUCGGCCGCGUUUUCGAGAAAGGCCAGGCAUAUGUGGCUCUCAGUCGAGCAACAACUCAGGCUGGCUUGCAGGUUCUUCGGUUUGAUCCGCGCAAGGUCAUGGUACACCCGAAGGUGGUAGAUUUCUACAACCAACUGGUGUCCAUAAACCAGAUCAACAAGCCCAAAGACCCCGGCGAUGAUGACGAUUUCGAGGGAGACUCUGCCUUGGAUUUUCUUUAG